UAUGCCCUGAACCUGCCCUCUGCAAUCCUCCCCAUAUCCGAUCCACCACUCUGCCUGGCUGCUCCAUCCGUACAGCCACCUUCACACAUUCUAUGUCCUCAUAUCUCCGUGGUCCAGUGUGUCAUAGCUCAGCGACCACCAAGGCCUCCGUCCUUGCACUCCCAUUGCAUCUCGUAGCACUCAGUCUGGCUCCCACUGCCCCAGGAAGGAUCCCAGUGCCUGGAUUUUGAGGUCCUCCCAGGUAUGGUCUUCUCCUGGCUUCCCAGCCCCCUCCCUCACCUCACACCCCACAUAUGCAUGCCAUAAUCAUACUUGUGGAUGCAUCCCUGCAGAUCUUGCCCACCUCUCCAGGCUCAGUUGAGGGGCCAUGGCCUCCACAAGGCUUUCUGGGGGCUUCUAACAGCACUCAGCAGCCAGCCACUGUGAGCUCCGCCAGGACAGGCCAGUGAGUGCCCAGGCUCCGGGCACAGAACAGGCCCUGAGUAAUACUGGAGCGACCACCCAUUUUUCUAGUGAAUACUGAAGGCCCCAGGAAGCCAGUCAUUCAGGUUGUUUGGUGGUGGAGUAGAAUUGCAAAGUGCUUGGGGCCAGCUGAGAUAGUGACAUCCUGAGAAGAAGCUCAUGAACCUCUCCUCUCUUCUGUCCUCUCUACAACCUGCUGCCGUCCUUAGGGCAGUGGGCAGUGUGUGGCAAGAAGGCCUAGGAGUCUCACUGCAGCCCAGCCAGGAGGCGAGUCUGGAAGGGAGGGGCUGCAGGAAGGCGCACCUAUUGUAUGCUUUCCAGGUAAGGAGGCAGCUCAGAGAGGGUAGACAAGUACCUGAGUCACACAGCAUAGAGUGGCAGCCCAGGUGACUGAAGCCACGCCUCCCCAGGUGGCCAUGUGCCAGCCACUCCUGUGAGAUGCUCAACCCACUGGGCCCAGCCUUGGAUCACACCCCUUCAGUGACCUCCCCGAUAGGACUCUAGGAUCAAGAUCAUCAACAUGGAUGCUGUAGCCCACAGUGCUCUCUUCCACCCCCACACUCUUACCACACUGUCCUUUCAGGCCAUCACAUGCACUAGCAGCCCUCACACUCCUCUGUGUGGCUAACUCAGCCCUCGGCCUUCCCAGCCUCCCCAAGUCCGGCCCCCAGUUUUGUACUCACAGCUCCAUGUUUCUUGGUAUCACUGCAGUCACCAUUGGGCAUUCACAUUCAUUAGUGUGACAUUGAAUUUCCCAGGCCUCUGGACUCCAGGAAAGCCCAGGCCCUGUCUAGUUCAUCAGUGUACCCCAGCACCUGCAACCGACCCUCAAAUACCUAUGGAGUGAAUGGACAAGUGGGUGCCCACUUUAUGGAGGAAACCAAAGUUCAGAAGGAGUGGCCUGCCCAGAGUCUGCAGGUCUCUGACCCACAGGACUGCAGGUUGGGAAUUUCCUGGAGGUCCCCUGGUCCAAUCAAACACUACCCCCUCAAAUACACCAGGAAUCCCUGCCUCAGUGUGCAUAGGCUGGGUGACGCCACCCACCCCACACCCUGGAAGCUCCAAUUGUAUGAUGCUGAGAACUGCCUCCUCCAUGUCCCCAAGAACCAAAGGCCACCCUGUCCGGGCAAGAGAGGGAUAUGAGGGGGCAGAAUCUACAAAGGGUCAGUGGAGUCAGCCAAGAAGGCAGACACGCAGGGGCAUCCCAGAUGAAACAUUGGGGCACAGGAAAAAAGGGGGACGUGCUAUUGGGUCCUGACUACAAAUCCUCACAGCUAGCCCCUUCUGGGAUACAAAGGAGUGAAGUUCUGGUGAUGUAGGUCAAAAAAAGAGCCCCCAGGAGAAAGGUAGGCAUCAGCUAAAGCUAUUAACGAUGGAAGUUCUAAAGAGCUGGGAUCAGGCCUCAGGGAGGCCUGCCAUGCUGGGGUCAGUCACUCCUGCCUGGACUCUGGCUGCCCUACCCCUGCCAUCUGUCAGACUUCCAGACACAGGGAGCUCCCCGCAUGCUCUAGGUGCAUCCACAUAGCCAUGCUCUGGCCAACACAUCACAUCUACCUGGCACAUCCUGCCCCUUGUCAACCUGGUGGAGCACCAUUGAGCCUUCGUAUGCCAGCAUUAUCAUCAGCCCCCAACCACCCACACAGAAAAAGGCCUUCCUCUCCUCUGAACACCAAGAACAUGGCAUGCCUAUCCUGGCAAUUUGCUAUGUGUGGGCACAGGAUGCCUGUGAUGGAGGACAAAUGAACAGCAGAGCUUCCAAAGUACCUAAGGCAAUGCACAUAGGAGGCCAUGUUUCCCAAAGCAGAACUCCAUACAUGUGCCCUGAAAAAGUGUUUUCACGUUGUUUCCAGGCACAAAAGAUAGUCUGAGAUGAAACGAUGUGCUUCCCCAGAGUUCCAACAGUCACAACAUGCCACUCCUCACAAAGGCCCAAAGUGACAUAAUUCAGGACUCCUAAUUACCCAGGUGCUUGCUCUUGACUGUUGAGGCUGUGGGUACCGCCAGGACCCCCAGCAUCAAGGCUCCACUCGGGACCCCACCCACUUGCCAACCAGAGCACCAGGCCCUCCUCUGUCUCUCUCUGCUGCCCAAUCCCCAUGGGCCCUCCCUUGUCCAGCCUGCUCUUACCUGGUCAAAGGCACUGGCCUCCACUCACCCCAAAGGUCAUUCUCUAUGAUGUCAUCUUAAAACGUGUCUUGGGUCACAGCUCUUCUUGCUCUGGGCCCUGCAAUGGCUGCCCAAUGCUCAGGGAAAAGCCCUCACUUACCUUCUGCCCACCACCCUCCCGACUGUGGGAGUCAGCCAUUCUCAGAAUAAGCAAGCCCUCUCCUCUUCCAGGCUAUUCCCUACCUGGAUGCCUCACCACUACCUGACAGAAGCCUGACCCAUCCUCCAGGCCUGUCCCAGUCCUUGGAACACACAUCUGCCAGCCGGGGGCUCACAGCACCCCUAAGCUCUGCCUGUCCUCCCACUCCACACACAUCCAGCUGACUGUUAGCAGCAGCAGCGGAAGCUGUACUCAUCCAACCAGGGCCCUACCCCAAACAGGAGCUGCUCCUGUCCACCAAGCUUGGAACCACUGCCAGUCUGGCCAGACCGGGGCAGUCCUCCACAGGCACCACCAGUUCUGAGGACACAAGCCUUAGACAGGGUUUACUUCACACCCCAAAGAAGUUGCGGGAAAUUGGGCAUAGUGGAACAAGGACCAAUGCAGGGUCAGUCCCCACAGCCAGGAGAAGGAAACUUGCAUGGGGCUGGCACUCUGGCUAGACCUGGGAAGCCCCCUUCAUGCCUGACUUGUGACAGGGAAGCGACAGUGAGGAGGAGCAGGAAGGGUUACCAUAGUCCAGAGUGCCAGCUUCCUUCUCGUGGGCGGAGAGUGGGCAUUCCUGCCACGCCAGCCUGGCUUCUAGGGCUCCAGGGGCCCCAUUUCCCCCAGCCGUCCCCACUCCCUGCAGCCUGGCUUUAUGACUUCACAUGCUGAAGUCACUUGGAGACAAUGCUGAGCAUUCCACUCCUCCAAGUCCAGGCCAGCCCAGCCAGACGACUCUUCACACUGUAAAUGAGGACAAUGCCUGCCGGCCCAUGUCGGGAGGGGAUGUAGAGGGCAGCGGCGCCCGCCGCUUCUGGCACCAUGGACGAUGCCGCGGUCCUAAGGAAGAAGGGUUACAUCGUGGGAAUCAGUCUUGGCAAGGGCUCCUAUGCAAAAGUCAAAUCUGCCUACUCCGAGCGCCUCAAGUUCAACGUGGCGGUUAAGAUCAUUGAUCGCAAGAAAACACCCACCGACUUUGUGGAGAGAUUCCUUCCUCGGGAGAUGGACAUCCUGGCAACUGUCAACCACCGCUCUAUCAUCAAGACCUAUGAGAUCUUUGAAACCUCAGACGGGCGCAUCUACAUUGUCAUGGAGCUCGGCGUCCAGGGCGACCUCCUCGAGUUCAUCAAGUGCCGGGGGGCCCUGCACGAGGAUGUGGCGCGCAGGAUGUUCCGUCAACUAUCCUCGGCUGUCAAGUACUGCCAUGACCUAGAUGUCGUCCACCGAGACCUCAAGUGCGAGAACCUUCUCCUAGACAAGGACUUCAACAUCAAGCUGUCCGACUUCGGAUUCUCCAAGCGCUGCCUACGGGAUGGCAGCGGGCACAUCAUCCUCAGCAAGACCUUCUGUGGGUCUGCAGCGUACGCGGCCCCCGAGGUGCUACAGGGCAUCCCCUACCAGCCCAAGGUCUAUGACAUCUGGAGCCUGGGCGUGAUCCUCUACAUCAUGGUCUGCGGAUCCAUGCCCUACGAUGACUCUGACAUCAAGAAGAUGCUACGAAUCCAGAAGGAGCACCGUGUGGACUUUCCACGCUCCAAGAACCUGACAGGCGAGUGCAAGGACCUCAUCUAUCGCAUCCUGCAGCCGGACGUCAACCGGCGACUGCACAUUGAUGAGAUCCUCAGCCACUCAUGGUUGCAGCCCCCCAAGCCCAAAGCCAUGUCUUCUGCCUCCUUUAAGAGGGAGGGUGAGGGCAAGUACCGGGCAGAGUACAAACUGGACACACGACCAGGCUCGCGGCCCGAGCACCGGCCUGACCACAAGCUGGGGGCCAAAAUCCAGCACCGGCUGCUGGUGAUGCCCGAGAAUGAGGACAGGAUGGAGGAAAGGCUGGCCGAGACCUCCAGGGCAAAAGAGCAUCACAUCUCCGGAGCUGAGGUGGGGAAGGCAAGCACCUAAGGUGCUGAGGGCCGGGGAGCGUGGUGCAUGGUGGCGCCCCCAUAAACUAAGUAGGCAGGUAGGAGCUGAAGAAGCACAGGUUCAAGGAACAAGUAAAAUCUGUCAAUUAAACCACUAUUUUGAUUAC